CAGCGUCAUGCUGCAUUUCAAACCGAGCAGCACCGAGAAUGAGAGCAGGAUUUGGACACAAAGGUGGAUAUUUGGAUGUUUGAUUAUUACUCCGCGAGACUCGUUGACAGCGUUUCACAGAGACUUGUGGAUAACUGACCGGUACUUUUCUCAGUGCGCCAUGCGCGGAUCAGUCUGAGCAUCCUCGAGAAUAGAGACGCCGGGGGUUUUACUUGGGAGAGGAAUCUAAGGGCUGCUCGACUCCUUUGGAAAAUUACGUCCUCUUUUUUUGCAUCAUGCCACCGUAUUUGUGAAGUUUCGGGACAGGAUUUUCGCGGAUUCUCCAUGCGCAUGUGAGACUGACAUGAAUUACUUGGAUGUGGCUUCGUUAUUGUCUGCGCCUACUGCAGUACUCUUUUUGGCUGUAACUUGAAAAAAAAAAUCUUUCGCUGUGAAGACAUGGAUAGGGAGUUCUGAACCCGGAUUUUUUUCACCCUUUAAUCUGGAGUUGGAAGUAAAUGACAUUCGCCCCGGUUCAGCUGUACGGUUAUAGAUGCAGAACUAAACCGGAUAGCUCAUCCAGGUCCGGGAGAGUAAAGGGCAGGUGCGCUUUGGAGUCGGCGGCUGCGCGGAGAGACCGGGCUAGUGGAUUAGGACGGUACCUGUCUGUGGAGAGCGCGUCAUGCGGACUCGGAUGUCGCGCACCAGAAGCCAUUAAAACCUGUAGGCUGGAGCUGACAGAUAAGCGGAUAUGGGCUCUGCUCUGCGGCGUCGCUGGCUAGUGGUCCAACUCCUGAUGCAGGUGUGGCUGGCGGCAAAUCCAUCUCUGAGUGAGCGCCCAUGCCCCAAGAGCUGUCGCUGUGAUGGAAAAAUUGUCUACUGUGAGUCAAGCGCCUUUCGCGAUGUCCCCAAGAACCUCUCAGGAGGCUGUGAAGGCCUGUCCUUACGGUACAACAGCCUCGCCAGUCUCCGUGCAGGCCAGUUUGUAGGCCUCAACCACCUCAUCUGGCUCUACUUGGACCACAAUUACAUUGCCUCUGUGGAUGCAAUGGCUUUUCAGGGGGUCCGCAGACUUAAAGAGCUGAUCCUGAGUUCCAACAAGAUCACAUCGCUUCACAACACCACAUUCCACCCUGUCCCUAAUUUGCGUAAUCUGGACCUGUCAUACAACAAACUGCAAGCCUUGCAGCCUGGGCAGUUCCAGGGCCUACGAAAGCUUCUCAGCCUUCACAUACGCUCAAACUCUCUAAAAAUCGUCCCAGUGCGUCUGUUCCAAGAUUGCAGAAACCUUGAGUUCCUGGAUCUGGGUUACAACCGUCUGCGCAGUAUCACUCGAAAUGCAUUUUCAGGCCUAGUCAAGCUCACUGAGCUGCACCUGGAGCAUAACCAGUUCUCAAAGAUCAAUUUCUCUCACUUUCCUCGCCUCUACAAUCUGCGGGCCCUUUACCUGCAGUGGAAUCGCAUUCGCUCAAUGAACCAGGGCCUGACCUGGACCUGGGCCUCCAUCCAGAAACUGGAUCUGUCUGGAAACGAUCUGACGGAAGUGGAUGCUGUGGUUUACCAAUGCCUACCGAACCUGCAGACCCUCAAUCUGGACUCCAACAAGCUGACCAACGUGUCCCAGGAGGUGGUCGAUGCCUGGAUCUCUUUGACUACGAUUAGCUUAGCUGGGAAUGUAUGGGACUGUGGCCCUGCCAUCUGUCCUCUGGUGGGCUGGCUGAGAAACUUCAGAGGGGCAAAGGAGACCACCAUGAUCUGCGCCUCCCCCAAGAAAGCCCAGGGAGAGAAAGUGAUGGAUGCUGUUGAAGCUUUUGGUGUUUGUCAAUCAAACCCAGCGACAACACUCACUGUGAGUAUCCCUCCAACCCCAUCCAGUGUCCCUGUGCAGACUGAACGCCGCCCAGCCAUUCUGGCUUUACCUACUGGUUCUGGAAAGAGAGGAGAGGGCUCUAUCCGAGGCCCCACAUCGUCAACUGUUACCCCACCUGUGGCACUUCCCCCAGAGCAAGACUUGGAGCCUGUGUCCUUCCAUAAGAUCGUGGCCGGAAGCGUUGCCCUUUUUCUAUCUGUUGCAAUGAUCCUGUUGGUAAUCUACGUGUCUUGGAAGCGCUAUCCAAGCAGUGUCAAGCAGCUGCAGGAGCAUUCGGCAGCAGCCCGCAAACGCCGCAAGAAAGCUAGAGAGACGGAGCGCACCCUGAGCUCUCCGCUGCAGGAGUACUAUGUGGACUACAAGCCCACCAAUUCUGAGGCCAUGGAUGUGCUUGUGAAUGGGACCGGACCCUGCACCUAUACCAUCUCAGGCUCCCGAGAAUGCGAGGUCCCCCAUCAGUUGAGUGCGCUGACCUUCUACCGCUACGAACAGCCUAUCGUAGACUACUGCCAGGCCCAUCAACCCCUGCGGCUCAACAUGGGCUACGAGGGACCCCCACAGGGCCUGGAGGGCCUGGAGGACCUGGGGCCGUGUGAUAGGGGCACUAUACAGACAGUGGCGCUGCCUGCCGUGCCCUCUGCCGCCAGCAUAGGUGCCCCUGUGCCAGGGCCUCGAUCUCCUCCGCCACCCCUCAGACCACCGACUGAAGGUCCCAGCGGCAAUCCUUUUCCUACCGCCGAACGCACCGGCACGCUCAAAUUUGGACGCUAGCGAGCCAAGUCUGGUUGCUAGAAGUGGGGCAAGGGCCUCUGAUUCACCGUGACUUUGUAAUGAAGGGGCAGGCGAGCUGGUUAUUCAGUGGGGCCUUGUUUUCAGAACAUGAGUAUGUGAACUAGAGGACAAAUUUUUCUAAUUCUGCCUGGAGGGAUUUGGCAUCUGAAACACACAGUCUCACUAAUAUACAGUAGAGGGUGAGACAUCCUUGCAGAUCAUUUUGAUUAUGAUUUUCGUUUUUUCCAAAGCACCUCAUAUUAAACUUGUUACUACUGAAUCAUGGGAGGUAAUCCAGCACAUAACUAAAAAUAUAUCAUGUUUCCAGAUCUGGUCUUUGCCAUAUCCCAUCACAGGGGGAUCUGACCACAGCAGUCCAUAUGCACUAAGUCAGGAGUGAAAGGGAAAGUGCAAUAAACACAAGUUCUGGAUCACAAAAAGAGAGAGCAGGAGUAUUAAUCUAAAAGAGAUGGAGCUGGACAUCAUGUGAAGAGCAAGGGGCUUCAUACUGUGACUAUUAUUAAAAUAUCUAGUCAGUCGUUGUUAACAAAGGCAAAUCCAUAUCAUUAUUUCAUAAAGAUGAGUCAUUCUCUCA